UGAUACUUGGAUGCACUUAUAUCUGAAUUCAUCUCAACAAAAUUCAAUGCUAAAAAAACAGACGUACUAUUUUCAGACGAGAAGACAUUAUUGAUGCCUUCUAUACCGAUUGUUGGCACAACAAGACAUCGAAUUUUCUGGAAAAUUGCCGAAAUUGAUUCACGUCAGAGCGCAAUCGUGAGAGAUCAAUUCAGACAGUUGUUUCGAAUACACCGGCACGCGUGCAGCUAAAUUACGGUCAGACUCUUCGUUGUGUGUGUCACAACAUAUUUCUGAAAAGCAUUCCGUUUUCGGAGAACAGAAUGGCAGAGAUAGACUUGACUCCCGAACAGGAUGGAGGUGUGCUGAAGAAGAUCAUCAAGGAAGGAGUAGGAGAUGAGACUCCUUCGAACGGCUGUAAAGUAAAAGUCCACUAUACUGGUACCCUGCUAGAUGGCACAAAGUUUGAUUCCAGCAGAGAUAGGGAAAAACCAUUUAAAUUUGAUCUUGGGCGCAGCAGCGUCAUCAAAGGAUGGGAUAUUGGCGUUGCUUCUAUGAAGAAGGGUGAAAUUGCUGUGUUGACAUGCUCGCCGAAAUAUGCUUACGGCGAUAAUGGUAGUCCACCGUUGAUCCCAGCUGAAGCUACGUUGCAGUUUGAAAUUGAAUUGCUUGAAUGGCAUGGAGAAGAUUUGAGUCCGGGUAAAGAUAAAAGCAUCCAGAGAUUCCAAAUUACUGCUGGCAAAAAUUAUGAUAAUCCAGGGGAAGGCUCGAAUGUAAAGAUACACAUUGUUGGAAAGUACAACGAUCAAGUAUUCGAAGAUAGAGACGUAGAAUUUAUUCUUGGCGAAGGAGAAGGGGUGGGAAUAGUGGAAGGUGUAGAAAUAGCGCUACAGCGCUUUUUAAGUGGCGAGAAAUCUAGGUUACUAAUUAAAAGUAAAUAUGCAUUUAAGGAACAAGGAAAUCCAGAUUAUAAUAUUCCACCGAACGCAGAUGUUGAAUAUGAAGUAGAAUUACAGAACUUUGAGAAGGAAACAAGCAUAUGGUCGAUGAAAGCAUCAGAAAAAAUAGAACAAGCGAGGAUGCAAAAAGAAAAAGCAACGAAAUACCUGACGUCUGAUAAAAUUCAAUUAGCCAUUAAAGUGUUGCCGAAAGUUCACAAGUAUUUGAACGUUGCAGCGGAUUUUGAAAAUGAUCCCGAUCUGAAAAAGGAGAGGGAUAAUCUCUUAAUAGCGACUCACUUAAACCUCGCCUUAUGUUAUCAGAAAAUUGAUGAACCUUACUUGGCCAAAAACGAAUGUAUCAAAGCUCUGGAAGUGGAUCCGCUAAACGAGAAGGCACUGUUUAGAAAAGGACUGGCUAAUAUCAGGCUUGGAUCGCCAGAAGUUGCUAUUAAGGAUUUUCAAGAGGUUCUAAAAAUACAGCCGAAAAACACGGCCGCGUCUAAACAAAUUUUAAUCUGUCAAUCUCUUAUUAAGAAGCAAUUAGAUAAGGAGAAGAAACUUUACGCGAAUAUGUUUGAUAAAUUUGCACAGGAAGAUAAGCAGAAGGAGGAGCAAAAACUGAAGGAACAACCUGACGUGAUGCACGGGACUCUGGGAGAAUGGGGACAAGAAGAGAGACCCGGAGGUAGAGACGCGACUGCCUUCGAAAAGGAAAAUCCUAACAUACUCAUGCUCAACGCUAAUGGUUCUGGUGAAUUUAAAAACAUGUAAACAAUGGCCCUUUUUCUUCUCCCUGUUUUCCUUACACUGCCCCCGCGUAACUGCCAGUAAACUGGGAUCUAGCCAGUCUUUAUUUUCAGUGCCUUCUUGCUAUCUUUUACAAAAGUUGGAAACGCAUGUUACAUGCUAGUAUAUAUCAAAAUCAAAUUUUUAAUUCUCCGCGAAAUUUUUAAUUACGCAGCAAUCGCCUUGACUAGAAAAAUCUUUCAAUCUGAAAGAAACGAGCAUGAUUUGUCCUUGAAAAUAUAGUUUUAUUAAUGCAGUACAAUUUUUUUUUAAAUUAUAUAUAUGUGUUGUAUCUACCUCAAUGAUUGCGUUCCGGUUUGUUGUGAAAUUUUCUUCUGUAAAAUAAUUGCGCGACAAGGCCAUUGUUAUGUUAUCUUACAUUCUCCAAUUGUCAUUCCGUUUCUACAGUGCCAUUGUUUAAACUUUAAGACAUUCAUCAUGAUGUACAUUGUAGAUUUAGAAAAGAAUUAUGUAUUUAGUAUACACUCGUACGCAAUUUCUGUGAAUGGAAUGCGUCUGGAAUCAGAAUUUAAAAAAAUACUUGUAUAUCUAUAUAUUUGAAAUAUAUUGAUUAUGCACAGAGGUUAAUGCACACUUGUAGAAAU